CAAUCGUUGCCUCUCUCCUGCACUAACAGUGAGUCAAUCAGUUACACAUUAAAUUAAUUAAUAAACUGAUCAGUCAGGAAACAGAUCAGGUGACUUAACAACAUCCAUGUUUAUGAGGAUUUUUACUUGGACGAGGGCAUGUCGGCAACUCUACAACUCAAUAAAGACAUUUUAUGAGGAGUUCACCUGAAUCAAAGACAACAAACUCAGAGUGUGGACACCUGGAAAACAUCUGGAGAACAUCUGAACAAUAGAAUCUGUCUGUAGAACAACAUCUGGACAUCAGAUUAGCAUGUGGACGGUAGAUCUGGGCAUCCAAACAAUAAAAUAACGUCUGGAUAUCAGAAUCCCAUCAGACAGUAGAAUUGAGACAGUUGCAUUACUUUGGUCAUCUGUUCUUGGUUUGGAGCAACAAAGAACUGGAAGACGAGGAGGAGAGGGCAACUGAGAGGGUCUGCUGGGAGGAAGAGGAGGAGGAGGAAGAAAGCAGGAGACACAGGAGGCAGCAGAAGGAGGAAGGGAUGGGAGGAACAGUGUGUAAGGAGGAAGUGAAUGAGGAAAAGAAAAGGAGCGUAGGGAGGGAGGACAGUCUGACGUCAGCAGACAGAAUCCGUCGGUUCACCGUCAAACAGUUUGGAUAUAACGUUCUGAGUCUGGCUCGCCGAGGACUUAAGGAGGUCCCAGAUGAGUUGUGGGAACUUUUGGAGUUGGAGAAGCUGAAUUUGUCUCUCAACAGUCUGAAGGUUCUUCCUCCUCAGCUGGCUCUGCUCUCCAACCUCGUAGUCCUCAACCUGUGGGGCAACCAAGUGCUCAGUUUGGCCAACAACCAGCUGUCCUCGCUGCCUGCCUGUCUUUCCAAUCUGACCCGACUCAGGAAACUCAACCUCAGUCACAACCACAUCGCUCAUAUCCCUGGUUGUGUUUACAACAUGAAGACUCUGGUGUUCCUCCAUCUGGCCUAUAACCGUCUGGAGAACCUGGCAGAGAAUAUCCAGGCUCUGGUGGAGCUCAAGAUCCUCAUUGUGGAGGGAAACAGCCUCCACUCUCUGCCUAAGGCCCUCUGCUUCCUCACCAGGUUGGAGUUACUGAAUCUGGACUUUAAUGACAUUAAGGACGUCCCACAGGAGAUGCACCAGUUGUCUCGACUGGAGAAGUUGGCCUGUCAUCCUCUAGAUAAAGGACUCCACAUCGUCCACAACCCGCUGCUCAAGCCUGUGAAGGAGGUGUUGGAGGGGGGGCUCACUGCCCUCUUCAACUACCUGAGAGCUGUGUAGAGGUGUGGGCGGGGCUUGUAAACUACCUGAGAGCUAUUUCUGCAUGUUUUCCAGAUAUAUUAGAUAUAUAUAGAUAUUCUAGUAUAUUAUGAUUUAAGAUGAGCCUUGAUAUGUCAGAACUUACAUUUUCAAGGCAUCAUGUCAAUUUUAUCCAGUUAAAAAGAUACAAACAGCAGCUGCAAGGCUACGUAUGUUAAUGAUUUAAAAAAACGUGUCCACAAAUGUUUUUUCAUACAGUGUAGUUUAAUUAACCAAGAAAAUGAUUUAUUCAUGCUUUUCCUCUUCCUGGCACAAAUAAAAAGCCUUACCUGCAGUCACAAGUAAUGGUAAAUGGUAAAUGGACUCAUAUGGCUCCUUUCUAGUCCUCUGACCACUCAAAGCGCUUUUACACUGCAUCACAUUCACUCAUUCAUACUGUCAUACUACUGGUCACAUCACAACUGAGAAUAUGUCCAAAUUCUUUGCUUGGGUAGAAUUUAUU